AUGGUCAUUCUCAACGUCGCUUAUUCCGAGCCAGUGAACUGCUCUGAUCCUUCCACUCCCUCCUUAACGCAAGAACAAAUCUGGAAAGGCUUGGAAUUAAAGGCCCGACGCCCUCAAGACUUCAUUCCCUCUUUCGAUGACUCCCGAGUCAUCGAGGAACGGGAAAAUGGCUGCUAUAUUCUGCGAGAAGCCCAUGUUGCUUCUAAUCUCCGCGGAUCUCCUAUGGCAGGGAAAUGGUCCCGAGAAGAAUGCAGACUGCAUAAGCCGGUCAUGAGUCAGUUCACGCUGCCUGGCGGGUCGAUCAUUCAAAAUAUCCUGUCUAUGGGGCCUGACCAGGUUUUGUACCUGACUUUUACAUAUCAAUGGAAUUUUCCUAAUAUAGAGCCUGAAACACAAGAGGCACAGCAGGCCUGGGAAGACCAUAUGAAGAUCGCGAUAUCCUCCGUUCAAGGUACAAUCCGGGCGUUGAGAAAAUUGGCGGAAGAGCAUGAGUUGUGA